AUGAGGAAAAGAACAAAGCUUUCAUCUAACGAAGAUCUUGUUGAAGAGAGAGAAGAGCUGAUGGUAUCUCUCUCUCAAAACAGAGUUUCUCUGCCCCCACACAUUCAAACCUCAAACACCAGAUCGAGAAAGAAAGAGGAGAAAAGGUUAAAACUUUCUUCUCCAGCAGUUGAAGAUCUUGUUGAAGAGAGAGAAGACUUCAUGGUGCUUCCUCCCUCUGGAAACAGUAGACCUAGUGAAAAAACCCAUCUUUUGAAACCCUGUUUCACCACCUCCACUGAAGCUAAUAAGCUUCCUCGUCAAAGCCUAAAGGCUCUGUCUUUGAGCGUUUCCUUCAAUGGGUGGAGGUCUCCGAACGUAAAGUUCAAGUCUUGGGCUACAAAAAUGUUAUCUUUGCACGAACCCACUUGGAAAAAAGCUGGGAUUCUCCAAGCAGUUGCUGUAUCCACUAUCAAAAUCAUCAAAGACUCCAAUCUAGUCAUGGGUGUUGCUGAGAGAUGGUGUCCUGACACCAAAACCUUCCUCUUCCCUUGGGGUGAAGCAACGGUAACAUUAGAGGAUGUCAUGGUUCUUCUAGGGUUCUCUGUUUUGGGUUCCUCUGUUUUCGCUCCUCUGGAUGGCUCAGGAGAGGAGACUGUGAGGGAACUGAAGAAAGAAUGGGUCAAGAUUAAGAAAGAUAACAAUGUCAGUUUCGUAACUCAAGUCACAUGGAUGAGGAGGUUCAUGGGCACUGGGGAUGAUGAGCUUGAGCAUGCGGCUUUCCUUGCGUUGUGGCUUAGCUACUUUGUGUUACCAACAAGGUAUUGCCAUGUUGAUAAAGCUGUUUUGCCAAUUGCUGUCCAUCUUUCGAGAGGUAAUAGGAUUGCUCUUGCUCCACCUGUUCUUGCUCACUUGUAUGCUGACUUAACUCUCUUGAAAGACCACACUAGAGACUUCUCUUUCGACGAGAUUGACCUGAGUGCCUUGUUUAAGCUGGUCCAAGUCUGGACAUGGGAGAGACUCAAGGAACUGCAGCCAACACCUAAUCUCCUGGCAAAGGGUGAGCCAAGGUUGGCUCUUUGGGAUAACGUGGGACAGGGAGACAACAAGGAUGUGAGAGAGAUACUACACAAGUCAAAGAUGGAUAGUUUUGAGUGGAGACCAUACACAAAGACUCUGAAAAACUGGCUGCUUCCUAAGUUCUACCCGGAUAGAGAGAUGUGGGUUUCUGUUGGUCCUGAUCUUGAUGAGGAAUUCAUCUCCUUUGCUAGAUGCAUCAAAGUGUCUGACCUUGUUGGAAUUCACAGUGUGGAACACUACUUUCCCAACCGAGUGGCUUCACAGUUUGGUCUGCUUCAGGAUGUUCCUUGUCCUCCUCUUAACAGGAACAAACUCUCCAAAGAGGCAGCUUGGGAUGAGUACGAUAAGCCUAUUGAUGGAUUGACAUUAUUCAUCCCUUCCCGUUCUGCCACUCCUCGUGUUACCCCAACGUUCCAGCGUUCUUUGAAGGAAAAGGGUGUUGUUGAAUCAAGAAACAUCAUAGGUGGUGAUUAUGAUGGUACAUCAUCUGCUUCAGGUUCUAGGAAACGGACACGCAGGGAGAGAGCUUGUACUAUGGAUCAUUGUCAGGCACAUGAGAGUGAUGAAGAAAAUCUUAGCCUCACCAUUGCUCAACUUAGGAGACUUAGUAUUAAAAAGUGUAGUGAUGUAACGUAUGGUGGAGAAGAUGCUUCUGAACCGCUUGGGAAAAAGAGUAGGUUUGAGGCGGAUAACAAUGAUUCAGGCCCUCAUCAAGUGCUUGGUUUGAUAAGAGCUGAUGAAAAUGAAACUGUACCACCACCACCAGAGAUCGAGCAAAGGAAUGAUGGUAAUGAUGAAACUGGUAGCAGAACAGGGAGGAAUAUGGUUGAUGAAAACAACUCUUCAGAUCCUCCUGUUGGUUCUGAUGAUGACAUUCUUGUGUCACCAACGCUAGAGAAAAGACAAACUUGUGAUGAUGAGCUUGAUGUACAUGGAAACAAUGUGGAGAAGAUGACUAUGCCAGAUGAUGGCAACAAGGAGCCAGAGUGUCUGCUCCAUGAAGAUGGUGGAACGGCUGAGGAAAAGGCGAGCUCAGAGAAGAAGGAAGAUGACAGUAUGAUCCAGACAAAGAUUGCAUCAAAUGCAGACGACAAUGAACCAAGUCCUUGUCAAAAUCUUGCUACCGGAGGUUCUGAAUUAAUACCUGAGUCAAACAGUGGUAGCGCUGUAGGUGAUGAAACUCAAGGACAUGACUGCUUGUUUCAUGAUACUGUCCUUGGAAGUGAAGAAACUAUGAAAUCCAGUGAUGAGUUAGAGAAUGUUGGUGGUAGUGACUCAUAUGAAAAGAGAAUCCACAAUGUGAAGGUGCUUGCAUUGUCCAUAGAGGAGCGUAUUAUCAAGGCGCAAAGAAAUGUGGCAUGGUUGAAAGCAAGGAAAGCCACAAAACACAGGGGAGCAGCAGCAGCUCGUUUGAUCUAA